GCCACAGCCACCGGCCGUCGUUCCUGAGUCUCCCCCGGCCAUGGGCCCGCGGCGUCGCGAGCGACGAGCGGGGGCCGUGCGGAACACCAACGACAGCAGCGCCCUCAGCAAGCGCUCCCUGGCCGCGCGUGGGUACGUGCGCGACGACUUCGCCGGCUUGCUGGUCACGGGAACUGCGCGCCGUACGCCGCUGAUCCACCGCGGCUACUACGUCCGCGCACGCGCCGUGCGGCACUGCGUGCGCGCCUUCUUGGAGCAGACGUGCGCGCUCCCGGACGCCCCGGGGGCUCAGCUCUUGUCUGUCGGGGCUGGCUCGGACACGCUCUAUUUUCGCCUCAAAAGUGCGGGUCGGCUGACGCGGGCGGCCGUCUGGGAAGUGGAUUUCCCCGACGUAGCGCGGCGCAAAGCGGACCGAAUUCGCGCUACUCCGGAGUUGCGCGCCUUAACGGGGCCUUUUCGGGAGGGAGGCCCCGCGUCCGCGCUGGUCCUGGAGAGUUUGGACUACCGCAUCCUGGGGCUGGACCUGCGGCAGCUCCACCGACUGGACGAGGCCCUGCUCGCCACGGGCCUGGACGCGGCCGCACCCACCCUGCUCCUUGCCGAAGCCGUGCUAACCUACCUGGAGCCCGAGCGUGCCGCCGCGCUCAUCGCCUGGGCAGCCAGGCGUUUUCCCAAUGCCCUUUUCGUGAUCUAUGAGCAGAUGAAGCCGGGCGAUGCCUUUGGCCAGUUCAUGCUGCAGCACUUUCGGCAACGGAAUUCACCCCUGCACGGCCUGGAGAGCUUCCCCGAUGUGGAGGCCCAGCGGCGCCGCUUCCUUCAAGCUGGCUGGACAGCUUGCAGGGCGAUGGACAUGAAUGCAUUCUAUCGCUGCUUUCUCCCACCCGAAGAACGCCAGCGGAUCGAAUACCUGGAACCGUUCGAUGAAUUUGAGGAGUGGCACUUGAAGUGUGCGCACUAUUUCAUUCUGGUAGCUUCUAAGGGAGCUACCCCUUCCCAAACCCUGGAGUUUCCGCCCACAGAGGUGUUUCCUUGGGCAGAUCCUGCUUCCCCUUCUGGGGUCUUCCCUGCCAGGGUGACCUUGAGUGACAGCCAGGGCCCUAACCUUAAGCGAUAUGGCCACGCCUCUGCCCUCCUGAGCCCCAGUGUGAUUCUCAGUGCAGGAGGCUUUGGGGAGCAGGAAGGGCGGCACUGCAGAGUGAGCAAGUUUCAUUUACUCUUGAGAUACGGUGACUUUGGGUGGAAAAGCAGCCACAUAUGCAAUUGGGGGCCUGGAGCCAAGUGGGACGGACGCCUUUAUCACACCAUGACAAGACUUUCGGACACCGAGGUUCUGGUUCUGGGAGGGAGACUGUCUCCAGUGACUCCAGCCUUGGGAAUCCUCCAAGUUUGUUUUUAUAAAAGAGAGGAUAAUGGCACUGAGGACCAGAAAGUGACAGUGACAAAGGCUGGCUCAGAAGAAGAUUCCGUUUUGUCACGUUGGCGGCAUUCGACAACAGAAGUGUCCUAUCAGAAUCAGAAGUACUUGUUUGUAUAUGGAGGCCGAAGCGUGACAGAACCUGUGCUAAGUGACUGGCAUUUCCUACAUGUGGAGACAAUGGCUUGGGUCAGGAUUUCUGUGGCUGGGGAUGCACCAGAGGCGAGACAUUCCCACAGUGCCUGCACUUGGCAAGGGGGAGCCCUUUUGGCUGGAGGUCUAGGGGCUUCUGAGGAGCCGUUGAGCUCUGUAGUCUUUCUGAAACCAAUUUCUCGUGGAUUCUGUUGGGAAUCAGUGGACAUUCGGCCUCCUGUUACCCCAAGGUACUCCCACACUGCUCAUGUGCUCAAUGGAAAGCUGCUACUGGUUGGAGGAGUCUGGAUUCAUUCUUCCUCAGUUCCUGGAGUGACUGUUAUUGAUUUGACUACAGGUCUGAAUUUCGAGUAUCAGAUUGACACCACGUGUGUGCCUUGGCCCUUAAUGCUCCAUAACCACACCAGCAUCCUCCUUCCCGAAGAGCAAAAGCUCGUGCUCCUUGGAGGUGGUGGGAACUGUUUUUCCUUUGGCACCUACUUUAACCCCUAUACAUUGACAUUAGACCUUUCUUCCUUGAGCACAGAGCAGUAAGCAUUGGACUUUCGAUAUAUUCAAUAAAGGUUUCCGCAAAUAGCAUUUGACCCUGCCUAUGGAUACUGCCUUUUACCCCCCUCUCACUACAAAGAGUGCUAGCUGAGUUUGAUAAACACAUAGCAACAAUUAAAAAAACAAACCCAAAUGCUCUGUCAUCAAGUCUAUUUCAACUCAAAUCACUAUGAGCAGCAAUAAAGAGUUAAGAAAAAAAGCCCUGUCUGAAGACUGACCUAAAGUGGUGGGCUUUUGAUUUAUAUAUCCUGUAUAUUGAUCUCCCAUUGUCCAUUUGGCGUGUAUCCAUCUAUUGCGUUUAAAUGGCCUUUACCCUAAAUCAAAUAAAAAUGUUCCUAUCCCGGCCUACAACAACAACAAAUUGUAGCACUUUAUUGAAAAACAUGUUUUUGACCCAUUUCUUGUCCCUGAUUUCACAUUUAUUUGGAGUGUUAAGUGUCAAUAAACCAAACAUCUGCUGCUUCAUUUUA